GUCAAGACACCAACACCCCAUCUAGUCCCUUAACCUUUUCAUACUCUCUCCCUCUCUCUUCUUUACUUCUAUCAUCUCUCUCUCUCUCACUCAACAAUGGUGUCACUCUCCCCACUCUCCCUCCUCCUCCGCCUCCUCUUCCUCUUCACUCUUACACACCUCUCCACCUCCCAAAACACCACCACAAAACACUACUACCUAAAACUCCCAUUACUCCACAAAACCCCACCACCUUCCCCAUCCCAAUCCCUCCUCCGCGACUCCCUCCGCCUCUCUCAUCUCCACCACCACCUCACCUCCCCCAUCAUCUCCGGAGCCUCCUCCGGCUCCGGCCAAUACUUCAUCUCCCUCCUCCUCGGCACCCCUCCUCAACCCCUCCUCCUCAUCGCCGACACAGCCUCCGACCUCAUCUGGACCCACUGCUCCGCCUCCACCCACCACAACCCCCACAACCCCAUCUUCUUUCCACGCCUCUCUGCCUCUUUCAAACCCCACCAUUGCUUCCACCCUUCCUGUAAACUCGUCCCCAAUCCCCCAAACUCUCACUGCAACAACCGCUCCACCCUCCACACCCCAUGUCUCUUCAACUACUCCUACGCUGACUCCUCUUCUUCCUCCGGCUUCUUCUCCACCGAAACGGCAUCGUUUCACUCCAAACACAAACACACCAACCUCACAUUGUCAUUCGGGUGCGGGUUUCGGGUCUCGGGUACCGGAUUCAAUUCGGCCCAGGGAGUCAUGGGUCUAGGCAGAGGACCCAUUUCGUUUACCUCCCAAUUGGGUCGUCAUUUUGGGAACAAGUUCUCUUACUGUCUCAAGGAUUACACUCUCUCUCCACCACCCACAAGUUACUUAACCAUCGGUGCCGAAGCUCAAGACGACAAUGUCGUUUCCAACAAGAUGAAGUUCACGCCGUUAGUGGUAAACCCUCUCUCCCCGUCGUUUUACUACAUUGGUAUCAAAAGCGUGUCCGUCAACGGCGCGAAAUUACGGAUUCACCCUUCCGUUUGGUCCAUCAACGACAACGGUAACGGCGGGACAGUUAUUGAUUCCGGUACGACGUUGACGUUUUUAGCGGAGCAAGCUCACCGUGAAGUUGUAACGGCGAUUAGACGGCGAGUGAGGGAGCUAACAGUUCCGAGUCCAACUCUGGGGUUUGAGCUGUGCGUGAACGAGUCGAAGUUGGUAAAGGGAGCGAGUUUGCCGAGGCUGAAGUUUGAACUCGUUGGGAACUCGGUGUUUUCGCCGCCUCCGAGGAAUUACUUUAUAGAAACUGAGGAACGAGUCAUGUGCCUGGCGAUUCAACCCGUGAACUCGGAGACCGGGUUUUCAGUGAUAGGGAAUCUAAUGCAACAAGGUUUUUUGUUGGAGUUUGAUAGAGACAGAUCUCGUCUCGGGUUUUCGCGUCGUGGUUGUGACGUACCAUGAUAAAUUCAAAUUCAACUCGUGCUGUUUUUUUGUUUUCGAGGGUUGGAAAUAGUUAUUUUAAUAUUAUUACUGCUAAAUAUAAAUGAUAAAUGAUAAAUCAUAGUUGUUUUUGGA